ACAGCACCGCACGGCCGACGCACCACUGCGCUCCGCUGUGCCAGCGGGAGCCGGCCGCGGAGGCGGCGAGGAUGCUGCCCCUCAGCCGCGGGCGGCCCCGCCGCUGGCAGCGCCCGCUGUUGCUCCUCUCAGCGCUGCUCUGGGCGCCGGCGCUGGUGGCUUUCAACCUGGACGAAGAGAAGCUGACGGUGUACAGCGGGCCCCCGGGCAGCUACUUCGGCUACUCGGUGGACUUCUACAUCCCCGACCCCAGCACGGUCAGUGUCCUGGUGGGAGCCCCCAAAGCCAACACCUCGCAGCCGGACAUCGUGGAAGGAGGAGCGGUGUACUACUGCGCCUGGCCCGGCGCCCGGUGCCGGCAGAUCCCCUUCGACAACACCAACAACAGGAAAAUUAAAGUCAAUGGCACCAGGGAACCUAUUGAAUUUAAGACAAAUCAGUGGUUUGGGGCAACAGUCAAAGCUCAUAAAGAAAAAGUUGUGGCUUGUGCUCCUUUGUAUCAUUGGAGAACCCUUAAAGACAGCCCUGAGAAGGACCCUGUUGGCACCUGCUAUGUAGCAAUCCAGAACUUCAGUGCCUAUGCUGAAUAUUCACCUUGUCGCAACAGCAAUGCAGAUCCUGAAGGACAAGGCUUUUGUCAAGCAGGUUUCAGCUUGGAUUUUUACAAGAAUGGAGACCUGAUAGUAGGCGGGCCCGGUAGUUUUUAUUGGCAAGGUCAGGUAAUCACAGCAAGUGUUGCAGACAUCAUUGCAAAUUAUUCCUUCAAGGAUAUUCUGAGGAAACUGGCACGAGAGAAGCAAACAGGAGUGGCACCACCCUCAUAUGAUGACAAUUACAUGGGAUACUCAGUGGCUGCUGGGGAAUUUACUGGGGAUUCUGAACAAGAGCUGGUUGCUGGAGUCCCAAGGGGAGCACAGAACUUUGGCUAUGUCUCAAUUAUUAAUUCCUCUGACUUGACCUUUAUCCAGAACUUCACUGGUGAGCAGAUGGCGUCCUAUUUUGGGUACACAGUUGCAGUAUCUGAUGUUAACAAUGAUGGUUUAGAUGAUAUCCUAGUUGGUGCUCCUCUUUUUAUGGAACGAGAAUUUGAGAGCAAGCCUAAAGAAGUUGGGCAAGUUUAUCUGUACCUGCAAGAAAGUGCAUUCCUCUUCCAAGAUGCACAAAUUCUGACAGGCACUGAAGUGUUUGGUAGAUUUGGCAGUGCAAUCACUCACCUUGGGGAUCUCAAUCAGGAUGGAUAUAAUGACAUUGCUAUUGGUGCACCAUUUGCAGGAGAAGACAGAAGAGGGAAAGUGCUCAUUUACAAUGGACACAGUAAUGGGUUAAACCCUAAUCCUUCCCAGGUUCUCAAUGGAGCCUGGGCCUCUCAGUCCAUGCCUUCAGGAUUUGGCUUCACUCUGAGAGGAGACUCUGACGUAGACAAGAAUGAUUACCCAGAUUUAAUUGUGGGUGCAUUUGGAGCUGGAAAAGCAGUUGUUUACAGAGCCAGACCUGUUGUGACAGUGAAUGCUCAUCUUAUUCUGAACCCCAUGAUUGUGAAUCCAGACAAUAAAACCUGUCAGCUCCCCGACUCUCAGCUUUUGGUGGCCUGCUUUACUGUAAGAGUCUGCGCAGAUUUUGAAGGUCAAAGUAUCUCAGAUGAGAUAGUGCUCAAAGGUGAAUUGCAGUUAGAUUCAUUGAAACAGAAAGGAGCUGUUAAGAGGACCCUCUUCUUUGAUUACCAUCAUUCACAUCACUACUUCUCCAUUGUGAUAGAAAGACAGAAACAACUCCAUUGCCAGGACUUCCUUGUUUAUCUCAGAGAUGAAACAGAAUUUAGAGAUAAAUUAUCUCCUAUCAAUAUAAACUUCAAUUAUAGUUUGGAUGAGACCAGUUUUGAAGAUAGUUUCACUGUGAAGCCAAUCCUGAACUAUUACCAGAAAAACUCACUAGCAGAGCAGGCUUACAUUCUGGUUGACUGUGGGGAGGACAAUUUAUGUAUUCCUGACUUGCAACUUUCUGCAGUGCCGGAUACAGAUCAGCUAAUAAUUGGAGAAGAAAACUGUGUCAUGCUCAUAAUAAAUCCAAGGAAUGAUGGGGAAGGAGCCUAUGAAGCUGAGCUACAUAUAAAAAUUCCACCCGAAGCAGAUUACACUGGGGUUGAACGCAACAACAAGGCCCUGCGUGUGUUGAGCUGUGAUUACAAGAUGGAAAAUGAAACUAGAAUGGUGGUUUGUGAUCUUGGGAACCCCAUGGUGGCUGGCGCAAACUUCUCCACAGGCAUUCGAUUUUCUGUUCAGCAUUUUGAAAAUGCAGACUUCAGCAUCAAUUUUGAGCUGCAAAUAAAAAGUUCUAACAAGAUAAAUCCCACCAGCAACUUAGUGAACCUCCAUAUCAACAUCAGUGCUGCAGCUCAAGUACAGAUCAGAGGAGUGUCUCACCCCCCAACAAUUAUUUUGCCACUUCACAACUGGGAACCCAAAGAUGAACCUACAAAAGAGGAAGAAGUUGGUCCUUUAGUAGAACACAUCUAUGAGCUGCACAAUAUAGGACCAAGUGCCAUCAAUCAUACAGUUCUCCAUGUUGGUUGGCCUGUGUCCAGUAGAGAAGAAUUUCUUCUUUAUAUUCUCCACAUUCAGACACAUGGACCAUUGCACUGUCAAACAAGCUCUCCUAUUAAUCCAAUGCAAAUAAAGUUUGCUGUUCCAGAAGACACUCCUGAACUUGCUGCUUUUUUAUAUAAUUCCACAAUUUCUCAUUACAUCAGGAGAAGAGAUGUUGCAGUGGCAGAACCUCACAGGAAAAACUCUGCAAGAAUAUUGAACUGUACAAAUGUGAAGUGUGUCUUAGUUUCGUGCACUGUGGGACAGCUGGAAAGAGGAAAGAGUGCUGCACUAAAAAUCAGGUCCCGGCUCUGGGCACAAACAUUCCUGGAGAGAAAAAAUUAUCUCUACAGUCUUUCUUCCAAUGUUUCCUUUGAAGUUAAGAGCAUGCCAUAUAAAGUGCAACCAGCAAAGCUCCCUGAGGGAAGCAUAGCAAUCAGAACAUCUGUCAUUUGGUCGACCCCAAAUGUGUCCUUUGAGAUCCCUUUAUGGGUUAUAAUACUAGCCAUUCUUCUUGGACUACUAGUACUAGCUCUGCUGACCCUAGCUUUAUGGAAGUGUGGCUUCUUUGACAGAGCUAGACCACCUCAAGAUGACAUGGCUGACAGGCAGCAGCUGACAAAUAACAAGACUACUGAUGCAUAAAGGAAGAAAGUGACAGUUCAAGUCAGAAUCCUGCCUGAGAGACUAGAAACAUGACGAGGAUUAAAUGAAAAAUUCCUUCCAACCAGUCUUCCUUUGUACCUGCAAGUGACAUGUUGUCAAUCUGAUCUAUGCAAUGUUCUGAGAACACGCCACAUGAUGGCCAUCCUUGCCAAAGAAAGUAACCUAUCACUGCCUUACAAACAUAUUUUCCACUGAACAGAAUGUUUAUCCCAUAUUCCAGUCAGUCUACGUUUCAGCAGAUGCUUCUGAGCACAUGUGGUAUGCUGAGAUGCUUCCAGAACAAGCCCAGAUCUCUCAAGGAGAGAAUGCCUUCAUUGCUGGAUUGGCUAGAAGAUGAAGCAGGACAAACCUUCUGAAUGCUACUGUAUCAUGCAGAGUAUCUUUGAAACCUCCCUAAGAACUUCUAUGAAAUUAUGGCUCAGGGAGACAGGCAAUAUAUCAGUACUGUGAAAGUACUUCUGAAACACAAAGGUAAUCUAUAAAUACCUUUAUAGAUGGGGCACAAUUAUUUAUUUUUCCACCUUUUUGUAAUAAGUAUCUGAUAUAAUCAUCAACGUAGAUUUUGAGAGAAGGAAAAAUAAUAGAAAUCAUGUACUUACUUUGCAUGUAAAUAGAAGAGUAAAUGCAUUGUACACCCAGAACACAACCUCCUUGGCUACGAGGUGUUUUGCAAAGCAGAAAAUUUAUGGAACACUUUACAAGAUGAGACAUAUGAUAAGCAAGUACAUGUUGUAUCUCUUUCAGCCCAGAGCUGGCAGUAUCACACCCAGAUAACUAAAUCCAUGCACAAUAUAGAGCAGGGAUGAGUUGCCCUGUUCUUGCUUUGCUGAUGGCUGGCAGCUGUACACUGACACAGGUUACAGACAUUUCUGAAACACUGCUUUAAAUUAUCACAGCCACACUGGUGAUAUUGAAAAGGCUUGGGGGGGUUUGGGGCUGGGGCAAAAUUUCUUGGUCUUUACCCCGUUACUUUGUUGAAAUCCCCUCUUAAAAAAGAACACCUACUGCCAUAAUUUUUCACCUAAAGAAAUCUUUGCCUUUUUCAUUUUUCAAUCUACAAGCUGGCAGCAUCUUAAAAGUAAUGCUUUUGGCAAAGUUUAGGGCUUGAUAAAAUUAUUUUUAAAGUCUCGCAGGAAAGGGUGACAGGAUUUGUAUUUAUGCAGAAAAAUAGGAUGCCAGCCAGCCAAGCAUGAACAAAAAGUAAGAAGGAGAUUUUGAAGUAAAGAGUAAAAAUACACGCUUAGUUGGUUUUGGGGUUUUUUUUUCUGGGUUUAGGAUUCCAAAGAAGGGAUGUUUCUAUCCUUUCCCUUCUAUCAGCAAAUGGUCUUUAUCUCAGCAGGGGCUCUAAGUCCUGAUCUGUGCAAAUUUUUAUGUGAAAGCUUGAGUCUUUCAGCGCUGCCUGUGAGUGUGAAAAUAGCAAUAUUGUGUAAACUUCAUGAGGAAUUGUUCAUUUUAUGAAACAUACACACCACUUGCCUUCUCCUUUUCUUUCCAAUCCAUCUCAGCUUCUCAACUGGUAAAUGGCCUAAUCCAUUCUGCCACUUUUUGGCUCCUUUUAAACAACUGGCCUUCUGCUUCCUAAUACUUCAAGAUAGGAGUAGUUAUGAGACAUUGUCACUUCUGCCAGUCUGACACGAGAUUUUAAAGUUUUGUCAUUUCUUGUAUGCAGACUAACCUGGGAAAUCCAAGCAGGAGCUGUGUUACAUCUUCAUAGCAAAGGCAAAUUUGCAAGACCUUUAUGGAGUCUUUAUCUUAUCAGAUGCAGUGUGCCCACAAGACUUACAGGGAAAAGGAGACAUGGGCCUCUGAACACAGAGGUGAAGCACCUGUGUGCUUCACACAAGCAAGUACCUCUGUUUCCUAGGGAUGGGGAGGCCUGACAACUUCCCAGUCCUCCAGAAAACCAUUAACAGACCCCUUCCCCCAGAUGGUUUUGAGCUGAUCCCUUGUAGAUUAGAGACAUCAGCUGAUAAAUUCCAUCGCAAAGCAAGCCUGUCCCGUAUUUGCACACCUCUGUUUCCCAUACAUUUCAGGCAAAAUCAUCCUUCCAUGAAGUACAAAAAGUGAGCUUCCAGCUUUUGUAAAUAUUUAAUUGAUGUGUGUAGCAGCUUCAGAAAUAAUAUCAGCAGCUCAUUGUAAUCACAUCAUCUGCACAAAUGUGAUUAAAUAGUACCAUAAGGAGAUACUGAA